UCUCUCUCUCUCUCUCUCUCUCUCUCAGAGAUAGGAUUGUUUUCAACCAUUCAGCACCUGCCAGAUCGUUUUUUGUGGGUUCCUAGCUUUUGAGAAAAUUCCUUAACAAUUCAGUCUUCAGUCUUCACCUAUUUGCUCUCAGCGUUUCACUCUCUACAAUGUGACUUCUUUUCCUCCAACCUUUUUCCUUGAUACCCAUCAUUCAAUAAGGUUUAUUUUCUUAAUACCUUAGAUAUUUACUUUUGUAACAAAGUUUUCUACUUUGAAUAAAAUUUCACUGUAUUGGGUUAGCUCUAAAUUUAGCUACCCUGAUAACUUGCAUUGUGAAAAUUUGAUCUUGGGAGUAGUGUUUCCAUUGGAAUCUCCUACAUGGGUGAUAGAACAAUGGUGGUGUCUCCAAAUAGAGGUCAGGGGUCUCUGUAUAAUCUCACUUUUGAUGAGGUUCAGAGCCAUCUGGGAAAUAACAUAUGUAAACCUUUGAAUACUAUGAAUUUGGAUGAGUUACUAAGGAAUGUGAUGUCAGUGGAAGAAGGCCAGCUAGUGCAAAACACUUCUUCCUCAUCGUCCGCAUUUUUGUUUCUUAAGAAUUUAAAUUUGAAUGGAACUUUGAGGAAGAAGACGGUCGAUGAGUUAUGGAAGGAAAUUGUUCACAAACAGCAUGUGAAUGAGAUGGAAAAGGAAAAAUCAACUCUUGGAGAAACAACUCUGGAGGAGUUUCUAAUUCGUGCUGGUGUUAUUAUUCCUCAGCCAAUAAUGGCAAUCGAUCCAAUGGUUAUGGUGUCUCAGCAAGCAGACUGGUUGCAAUUUCAAAUGGCAGCUGUGCAGCAACAACAUCAUCAUCAUCAGCAGCAGCAGCAACAGAUGACAGUUCUGGAUUCAAGUUUUAAUGUUUCUGAAUCAGUGUAUGAGAACCCAGUUGUGGAUGUUGGUUACUCUGAGAACCAAUUGGCUUUGUCGAUGCCAAUGCCAGCAAUAUCAUCAGCAUCUUCAGAUUCUCAGGUAGCUGCUGAAAGGAAGCGAAGAUGUUCAAAUGAGAUGAUGGAAAAGGCUAUUGAGAGGAGACAGAAGAGGAUGAUCAAGAACCGUGAGUCGGCUGCUAGGUCAAGGGCAAGGAAGCAGGUUAAUAUUGGAGAUUAUAUGCAUUUUCUGAUUGUCUUAAUGGAGAGGAUUUAUGAUUUGCUUGAUUUUAGCAUCAAUUAGAAUCUAUGGUUAUGAGUAUGCUUUUUGUUUUGGUGAUCCAAGGCUUAUACCAUUGAGUUGGAGACUGCUGUGGUUAACCUAAGGGAAACAAAUAGCUUGAUCAAAAAGCGGAAGGAAGUGGAUAUACUCUUAUCUUCAAUUUCAACUCCCAUGCCCAAAUACCAAUUGCGACGGACUAGCUCGGUUUAAUUCUUUCUAUAUGCACAUUCUAUUCAUUCAUUAUCCAGCCUAUAAAUUUUCAUUUGCAUUGUUGAGACUGGUUUGAUGUUUCAUAAGGAGGAACUUAUUAGUUGGUGUA